ACGAAAAAGCUUCAAGGUUAAAAUAUAUUGUUUAAAGCAAAAUGUCGAUAUUUACGCCAACGAAUCAAGUGAAACUAACAAAUGUAGCGGUGGUAAGGUUGAAGAAAGCUGGAAAACGUUUUGAAAUCGCCUGUUAUAAGAACAAAGUUAUGUCUUGGCGAAACAAAGUAGAAAAGGACAUUGAUGAAGUUCUUCAAACCCAUACAGUGUUCACAAAUGUUUCAAAAGGACAAGUUGCUAAAAAUGAGGAUUUAACAAGGGCCUUUGGAACAACUGAUCAAACAGAAAUCUGUCUGCAGAUUUUAGCAAAGGGAGAAUUACAAGUGUCUGAGAAGGAAAGAAACACACAGCUGGAAUCAAUGUUCAGAGAUAUUGCAACAAUUGUUGCCGACAAAUGUGUCAACCCAGAAACAAAGCGACCUUAUCCUGUAGGUGUGAUAGAGAGAGCUAUGAAAGACAUCCAUUAUUCAGUUAAACCAACAAGAACAACAAAACAACAGGCUCUGGAGGUCAUAAAGCAACUCAAAGAGACUAUGGAAAUAGAACGUGCUCAAAUGCGUUUACGUUUGAUUGUACCAAGUCGGGAGGCUAAGCGGGUACAUGAGAAAUUGAAACCUAGCAUAUCAGUGGUUGAAUCUGAAGAUUGGCAGGGAGGGGAUUUAGAAAUGGUUUGCCUCAUAGAUCCUGGCUGUUACAGAGUUAUUGAUGAAACCCUUCGGGCUGAAACACGGGGACGGGGAACACUGGAAAUGAUCAGUUUAAAAGAUAUUGAAGAAGGAGAUGAAAGACUUGAAUAACAUUCUGAUACACUUGAAGAGAUGAUAUCUACAUCAUGGUCAAUGCAGACACCAUGAUGUUGCUUCUUAUAUUGACCAAGCUGUUGAGAGAAAUUAAGAGGCUCUAAAAAAAACAAACAGCUACUGUGUGCAGAGCAAUAUUAUUGGAGGCUAGAAAAUGUUUUAACUAAAAGUCCAAUAGUAAUUAAUUUUACUUACAAAGGCAGAUUGAAAACAAACAAAAAAUUGUUGGUUUUGAAAACACUUUUUCCAAACUUCAAAAUUUUAUAUUCCCUUGGAAAACGGUAAAUGAAGUAUGCAAUUAUUGUGUUUUCUCUUUCUUUGAAAAUGGGAUCUGAAUUUCAUUUACUAGAAAAAAAACUUUCAAUUUCUUGACUUCCGAUUUGCGAGAAAUAAAGGAAUUUAAAAGCAGGGCUGUCAAUAAGGGCCGUAAUCUGUAGCACCUGUUACGGUCCUUGAUGGUAUGGGUGAACUUGCCUGUAGUUGGUACAAUUCACCCAUAAAGUAACAAGUUUGAUAAGGAUGUGAAUAUCAAGGUUACAGAUGAAUCAAUUUGAAAACUUAAUGACAGCCCUGCAAAGAUCCUUGUACAAUUAUAUAGCUUUCUUUCUUGUACUAACUGGAAAAAGAAAACCCAGUAAAUUGAAAAAUCCAUUACACCUUUAUGUGGGAGGCACUAAGACUUCCAUGAUACAUAGCAGCAUUAUUUCCCACUUAUUAAAUGCACAGUUCAACCAUUGAUGAAGGUCUAAAAUACACUCAUGGUCUUGAACCAGUCAAGAGAAUUCUGAAAAACCAAACUCACGUAGUGGCUGUAAAUAGAAUCCACCC